GCUGCUGAUAGUCAUGGCUCGCCUUUCGCUCUAGAUCCGGUGUGCUGCAAGUGUCUGUGAUUUACCGAACGUUAUCUCCGUCAUUGGCGAGAAAAAAUUCGCAUUGGUGCGGAUUAAUCGGACAGAGAGACCUGCGCCGAUUUACAACCUGGCCCUUGGCUGCCGCCGGCGAUAAGAUAAAGAAGAGACGAUGAUGAAGUCGGCCGCCGGCUGCCCAUCCCACCUCUCAGUUCUGUCGUGGAUUUUCACGUGCUAGUUUUUCAGUGACUUGUAAAUAAUAUACUCGAUUGCCAAAAUGCCUGCAACUCUGCAGUCCAUCAAGUACGAGAGCGGCAAGCUGGAAAUUCUGGACCAGCUUUUGCUGCCGUCCAAGUCCGAGUACAUCGCCAUCAAUGGAGUCGAGGAAGGCUGGCAGGCCAUCCAUUUGAUGCAGGUCCGAGGAGCCCCGGCGAUCGCAAUGGUCGGUUGUCUAAGUCUUGCCGUGGAAAUGAUCAACGAAGAGCUGCACGAUAAGAAGGUCCUGAGGCAGGAAAUCGAGGGCAAACUGAAUUAUCUUGUAUCUGCUAGACCGACUGCUGUCAACAUGAAAAUCGCAGCUGAAGAACUAAUAGCUCUGGCCAACCAACUGAGCAAAAACGAAGAAGUCUCAGCCGAGCAAAUGAAAGAACAGUUUUUGAGCCACAUAGAAUCUAUGCUGGCCAAAGAUAUAGAAGACAAUAUGGCCAUUGGCAAACACGGGGCCAGUGCCAUAAUAAAAACGGUUAGAGACAAGAAGAAUGUGAGGAUCCUCACACACUGCAACACCGGUUCGCUCGCCACUGCUGGGUAUGGAACAGCGCUUGGAGUUGUUAGGUCUCUGCACGCAGAGAAACGACUCGAUCAUGUUUACUGCACUGAAACACGGCCUUACAACCAAGGCGCCCGACUUACCGCCUUUGAACUAGUGCACGAACGGAUCCCAGCCACCCUGAUCUGUGAUAGCAUGGUAGCCGCCCUAAUGAGGGCAAGAACCAUCACUGCUGUUGUAGUGGGCGCGGACAGAGUUGUUGCUAACGGAGACACAGCCAACAAGAUUGGCACCUACCAGAUUGCUGUGAUUGCCCGUCACCACUCUGUGCCUUUCUACGUUGCCGCCCCCUUCACAUCUAUCGACUUCAAGAUUCCUAGCGGAGAACACAUUGUUAUCGAAGAGCGACCUGAUUGUGAGAUGACCUGCAUUGGCGAACAUAGGAUAGCAGCAUCAGGAAUAUCAGUAUGGAAUCCUGCCUUUGACGUAACGCCAGCUGAACUGAUAACAGGAGUCAUCACUGAAAAGGGAAUUUUUGCCCCAUCUGAGAUCAUCAAGCUGAAGCCAGAAGAAAAUGGACCCGACGCGUAACUCAUGCUAAAAGCUCACUUAUCCUCUAGAUACUAGCCUGCAUUCUCUAUUUUAUGUGUUGUAAUAAUUAAUAUAAUUAUGCCUCUUAGGUGUGUAGCUUUCGAAAAAAAAAAACUGCAGGUCAGUUCAUGGAGCGUAGAGUAGUCCAUAUCUAGCAAAACAUUGUCAGAGAAAACUUGAUAGGCAUUUAUUUUUAAGUGUUGGAAACAUUCAACUCUGGACAACCCCUACCUUUUUUAAGGUGUGCCAUGGAUGGUUGAUUUUGGCCGAGCUUAUGAUUUUUUUACCACUAUUUAGUCAGAUUUCAGAUGAGUUUCCUAUUUCUGAUUGUUCUUCCUCUGCGUAAAUUGUAAGGAGAAGUUUUUGAUGUUAAGUAAGGAAUGACAAUUUAUAUCUGUGUAAAUGUUGUCGAAGCUUUGCAUUAAAAGUGCCUAUGUGAAACAUUAAUAAAACAAAGCUCUUGAUUAUUGCUAAAA